AUGGCACCCCUCCGCCUUCAGGAUAAAGUCGCAAUUGUCACCGGCUCCUCAUCUGGGCUGGGUAGAGCAAUCUGCAUCCGCUAUGCUCGUGAGGGGGCCAAGGUAGUUUGUGCAGAUUUAACUCCGAUAGCACGGUUGACCGAAGAAGCUGAGAGCACGCACACCAUCAUCACCAACACUGGCGGACAAGCCAUCUUUGUGCAGACAGACGUUGGCGAUGCGGAACAAGUGAAAAAUCUCGUUUCAAAAGCGGUCGCCGAAUACGGACGUUUGGAUAUCCUAGUGAACAAUGCCGGAAUUUCGAUUGAAGCUCGCACUCCGGCUGUUUGCCACUUGACCGAUGAGUCGACUUGGGAUAUCACCAUGCGGGUCAAUACCAAAUCCGUGUUUUUGGGCUGCAAGUAUGCCCUUACGCAGAUGCUUGAACAGGAACCUCAUUCCUCGGGAGACCGUGGAUGGAUUAUUAACAUGUCAUCAAUCAUGGGCAUGAUUGGGGGUCAAUUUAAUUCCUCUUACUGUGCCUCUAAAGGAGCCGUGAGCAGCCUGACACGGCAAGUGGCCUUGGACUAUGCGCAGCAUCGGAUUCAUGUGAAUGCCAUUUGCCCGGGUUAUACCCAAACUGCGAUUUUCCAGGAGACUACCACACACAUGACAUCUUUAGAUGAUUUGAAACGCCGACACCCGUUCAAUGGGCCUGGUAUGCCAGAUGAUAUUGCGAAGAUGGCGGUGGUGCUAGCUAGUGAUGAUGCCAGCUGGAUGACCGGUGUCUGUAUGCCUGUGGAUGGUGGAUAUACUGCUCGGUAG